AUGCCCUAACCAUAAAUAUUUCAUUAGUCUAGCAAUACUAUUCGAGAGAACAAUAGAGAAACAAAACGGGUUUUAUAGAUAAAAAAGAAAUUAGAUAAGAUAGAUUAUGAAAAAGAAUUAAAUGCUUUGAAAGGAUAAUUAGAAGAUCUGAAGGAAGGAUAAAAGACUUUAAAUAAAUAGUUUCAACUUUCAAUAAAAAUAAUGAUGAAAUUGCAAUCACAUUAUGCUAGAUUGAAUAUGGUAUCAAUAUUAUUAUUACUAUUAAUUAGAUGACCUCCAAACUUCGAAUUCGCAGAGGAUCAUUGUGUAAAUUGACUAUUUUUUACAUUCAGAAAGCUCAAGUUAUUCAUAAAGAAGUUAUAAGAAAUUCAAAAAGAUGUCCUUGUUGUAAUUAUCCUAUUUCAAAGAUAAAGUAUUCCCUCUUGACAGACUUAAAUGAAUUUGCAUAGCAUGGUACUGCAUACAAAUACUUUUUGCUCUUGAAAAAUCUAUUUAUUUUUCUAAGCAUAAAUUUGUAAUUAAUGUUGGUGAUAAAUAGCAUAGUUGCUGGAAUCUACAAUAUGAUUAAGAAUUAUAAAGGAGAUUCAUGCAAUAAGGAUAAAAACUGUAGUUAGAAUCUAAACAAUUAUUUAUCAAUUUUAAAUAGAAUUGAUUCUUAUAAGUAAUUUAUGGAUUUCAUGAUAGUUUUGAAGAUUACAUUUUGGACACUUUAUAUUUGAUCUCCCUUUAAAUCCAAUUAGGUUUCUUUCGAUAUAUAUCAUACACUGAAAAUGAUGAUUAUAAUUUGAUCGCGAGAUUGAUAGUGAGUUUACAAUAACAAAAUGUUCUAUAGAAGUGA